AUGACCCAAAGACACCUGGCCUGGCAGCACACGAACAGCACCGAGCAGCAUUUGCUGUGCCUGACAGGUGCCACAGCAAACUCACCAAAGGCUCUCUUCUUCCUCUGGGUGUUCCUGCCAGCUUUGCUCAACCUGAGGGGACACCCCAACCUCAUCACCAUGACCAGGGGUGAGAAUGUGCUGCCCUGCAGCUUCUCCCCAGAGCAGCAUGCACAGGACAUGGAGGUGACCGGGUUUUGGGAGCAGUUCUCACCCUUUGUGCAUUGCUACAAGGGGGACCAGGACCACUAUGGGGAGCAGAUGCUUCAACACCGAGGGCACACCGAGCUGCUGAAGGAUGGCCUUGCCCAGGGCAGCACACACUUGACACUUUUCCAUCUCCAACUCUCUGACAGAGGGAAUUACACCUGUUUUGUUCAACAUGGCUCAGAUUGUGAUGAGGCUGUGGUGGAGUUCAAGGCAACAGUUCAACCCCACAAUGCGGCAGGAACCAUCAGUGAAAAGAGCAUAGCAUGUUUCAUCUGCUGGCAGUUGGUUAUAUGGUGGGGCUUCUUCGGCCUGGGUCACUUGUUCCUGUUCCUCUUCGUUGGCAAGGCCAAAGUCUUCCCCUUCCGGCCAGUUGCAUGGAGAAGAUAUGCAGUGCUUGUAGAAGAAGUGAAUGUGAUUCUGGAUCCAGACACAGCCCACUGGGACCUUGCCCUGUCUGAUGAUGGCAAAGGUGUGAAAUGAGGUGACACACAACAGGACAUCCCUGACCUCCCUGAGAGAUUUAACCCAUGCUGCUGCAUGCUGGGCUGUGAUGGUUCCACCUCAGGGAGACAUUACUGGGAGGUGCAGGUGAUGGUUGCAGGAGGAUGGGUCAUGGGGGGGGUCUCUACAGAAGAUGUGGAAAAGACAGAUGAUACUGAAUUUAAGCCAGAGAAAGGCAGAUGGACAGUGGGGCUAUUAGCAGACUUCCUAGCUCUCACCUCUCCUGAUCACACUCUCCUUCCUGAAAUCAGUACCCCCAAACAGGUCUGGAUCUGUCUGGAUUAUGAAGAGGGAUGGGUGGCAUUUUUCAGUGCUGAUGAGGGUAUUUCCAUCUUCACAUUUCCAUUGGUAUGUCUGAGAGGAAAAAAAAUCAACUUUUGGUUUUAUCUGGGUCCUGGGACAUCUCAAAGUAUGACUGUGGUGAAUGCGAGGGAGUAA